AAACAAGAGGCAUUGGUCAGAGACACUCGGGAUGCAUCAGUCAGUCCGUCAGAUACUAAUGAGGAAUGAAACGAAUCAAAUGGAUCCCUGUCUGCGUCUCCAUGUAUGACCCACGGAUGAGGAGGUGACACAGAAGAUCCUCUGUACAAGGAAGGAAGAAAGGCCCAAUGCAAGACACACAUAAGCACACUCCUCCUGGUUUUGGCCAAUCAGAGAUCUAAAUAAGGAGCACUGCUGUCAAUCCCAACCAGGGCAUUGGACUGCUAGCUGAAUUUCAGGAGUGACGCUCAAUAUACCUUUGGGAAACUGUUAGACCAAAAACUCCCCAGUUAUAUUAGCAAGUUGUGGACAUGUCAUCGCCUUCCAUCCCUCUUCCCCCAUUGCCCCCCAGCCCCCUGGCCAUGGAGUACCUAAAUGACUUCGACCUGCUCAAGUUUGAGGCAAAGGCCGACUCUCCUCCCCCUCCUCCACCAUGUUCAUAUCCAAAAGCAGUCCAGCAGCAGCAGGACUCCUCAUCUUCCCCCUAUGUGGUUCGACCUCCUCCAGAUUCCAGCCUCAGCUCCAGUCCCUACACCUCUCUACCUCCUUCACCAGCCCUCAGUGAUGCCCAUCCCCUUCCAUCUGCCUCUUCUUCCUCCUCCUCUUCAAUAUCCAUCCCUCUCUCUAUCUCUGCCAGCUAUGUCUCUGGAUUAAGUUCCACCUCACAAGGGAAUCUGGACUGCAGCCCUGCACCUGGUGUCCCAGGCCAGUGUCCAAACCCCACGUCUUUGGAAGAUCUGUUCUGGUUGGCAGCAAUCCAGCAGCAGUUUGGAGGGGAUGCAUCUCUCUUAGAAGCCUUAGGGGGAACACCAGAGAGAGGUGACAGAGACAGGGGGGUCGUUGGAGGAUUUCUGGGGUGUGAAGAUGCAGUGGAGGUGCUACUCAACUCGGCUGCCGCUGCUGUAAGCUCACAGUUCCCAGUUUUGUCUCAAAGCUCUGGAAGCAGUAAUCUGGGAGACUCGAGCAGUGAGAGUGGAGGUGAUGUAAAGGCCUCUGAGCUGUGUCACCGUCCUCUCCUCUUUGUUUCCUCUGGCCCUACAUCUCUCCACAAUGGCAAUCCACCCCAAGGCACGUACCACCAGCCCUCAAGCCCUUCAUCCCGCCUUCACCAUCCGCAGCUUCAUCCUCAUCAUCACCAUCACCCCCAUCAUCUCAUUAACAGUCAUCACCACCAUCAUCAGCUCCAAGCUAGCCAGGCUGGGUUGCAUGAGCGUUUCUCAGACGAGCAGCUUGUGAGUCUGUCUGUGCGCGAGCUGAAUAGGCACCUGCGUGGCGUGAGCAAAGAUGAGGUGGUGCGUCUGAAGCAAAAGCGUCGCACCUUGAAGAACCGAGGCUAUGCUCAGUCGUGCCGCUACAAACGCCUGCAGCACCGGCAUGCACUUGAGUCUGAGAAACACAUCCUCACACAGCAGCUGGAGCAGCUGCAGUGUGAGCUGUCCCGUGUGCUGAGAGAGCGAGACGCCUACAAGGCUCGUUACGAGAAGCUUGUUAACUCCAGCGAGGCCACGCCCACUCAGACCAACAACCAAACUUCUCCUCCCACAGACUAUUUCCUCUAAAAGGAAAGCAGGACACCAAACUGACAGACUCAAGAGAAUGGCUACUUCACCCGCAAAGGGGAAAUAAGCUAUUUAACCAAAGCCAGUCGAAUUUGAGUGUUCAAGUCAGGGAUUCACCAGAGUCACUUUGGAAGGACUUCACUUGCAGCUGCUGGACUACGGUUUUGGUUUGAUCACUGUGAGGUUGACAGGAGCAGAAAAGGCUUUGCCAUUUUCCGAGUUUGAAUUUUCUCUAGGGAAAACCAAUAAUAAAGAGAUCUGUAUAGACAGCAGAUCCUCUUCCUCAGCCCCGGAGCUAAUUGUUGGACUUCACGAGUUUUUCUGUGUGCUGGCGCUCUGAACUGACUGAAUAAGGUUUUUUUUGGAAACUUUAACGUAGAUUUGUAAAAGUAUAAAAUUGCUGCUAUAUAUAAUCAACACUGUGUCUGAAAUCGCUUCCUCACUCGAUUUAUUGCGUGGACUGUUUUGUUCAUGGGCCAAAUGAAAAUGAAACUACAAGACCAAAGUGAUUUUCUGUGAUAAAUGCAUAAUUAACAUCAUUACAUUUUGGGUUAACAAUUUAGAAGUCAAAUUUGAACUAGAACCUCUUUACGUUGUGGUAAAUAGUGUGCUUCAGGUGUACACCAUGGAUACUAAUGUAGCAAACUAUCCAGGGAAUAUUGUUUUUCCAGUGAGAAUUUGGAUAAUGCUAGAAUUUGGCUACCUUCCAUAACAACUAUGAACAGAGAAGCCUUACUCAUUUCAUCUGUAAAAACGGAUCUAAUGGGAUUGUGACCAAUUAAAGGAAAACAUACUGCUUAUGAUGUAGGAGAUAUUUUUGCUUUGUUUCUAGCUGCACACUGCAAAUCAAUACAAAGUUCUUCUAAUUAAUAUCAAACCAAGCAUUUCGAUAGGUGUGGACUAUUCCAGGAUGACUCCACCCCCUGAUCCCAACCCAAGCAAACACCUGGGGAGAUUUUAGUGUGAUAGUGACCAGUAUUAAUUCAUUCAAGUGGAGGAAAAUUCAGAAAAAGCAGUAGAUUCCUUAAUCAGUGACAGGAGUGGAGCUUCCAGCCUUGAGUUUUGGCUUGUUGCAGUUUUCUGAGAUGUUUUUCUGCUCACUGCCAUUGUAAAGAGUGGCUAUUUGAGUUACAUUAGACUCAAAUCUCUCAUUAAAAAGGUAUUUCCAACCACAGAAUUUACACUAAGUGGAUUUUUUUUGUUGUUAUUUCGAAACUGUAGUUUCUGAAAAACUUAAACUAGCCACUUUGGCAUCAAGAACUACACUACAUGUUCAAUCUAUAAUACCACAGUUUUUUCCCAUUGCUCAAUUGAUUAGCUUAUUGGGAUCAUUAUAUUCUAUAUAAAUUAUAUAUCUCACAGAUUUACACAAUUUUCUCUGAAAUUUUAUGGCAAAAAUAGUCAAUCAGUUUGAAUUCUUCUGUAUUUUCACCAGUAACAACCGACCUACUUCUGAGGCUAUUAAAAAAUUUUGAUUGAUUUUCUUUCUUUCUUUUUGUGGAAGUAUCCCAUGCAUAAAAAACAAAGGCUCAUUAUACAAAAAAUAGGGUGGGGGGCAAAAACAUGUGCAAUGUUCAUUAACACUUUAUUUGUAACUAAAUAUUCAGGAUAAAACUGGUUGCCAUGUUGCAGACAUAAGCAAAGCAAUCAAGAGGGAUCUUUGAACUGCUUUUAUUGUGUGAAUUUUGUCUGUGAUUAGUAAGUGGAUCAAGGAGUUUUGAGUGAUUAAAGUUAAAAAAAUAAUAAUAAAAUACUUAAAAUGUUUGUUAAACCUCAGAAUACACAGAGCUGGACGCUGUGGGUUAUUGAUUUUUUUAAAAUUAUUAUUAUUAUUAUUACUAUUAUUAUUAUUAUUUUAAUGACUAAGUGACAUGCAAAGACUUGCAAAAUUAGACUCCCAUUACCAUGAUUCAUGAGGAAAUUUCAUUGCGACCUUUCUUUUAGAAUCGUAAAUUAGUAUUUUUUCUAAGGAUUAUUUAUGUGAUCAUUAUUUUCAUUUGCUGGAUUCUCAUUUUAUUGAGUGUGUGUUUUAUUUAUUUU